UGGACAUUGAAGGUGUAAGCUCGUUUUAGGCGGAGUAUUUGUUAUCCGAAAAGUAUUUCGUAUGUCUAAAUUAAUUGAGGAGCUUAUCGCUCACGGCUUCGAAAUUGUUCGGGAUGAGUCUGGUCAGGAUCUCGUCAAGUUGGUUUUUAUGGAUGAGAAUGAUGAUGCAACGGGAUGUGCUCUGGUUACUCCAGAAGAUGCCAAGAAAAUUUUAUCAGGUCAGGCAACCCUGCAAAAUGUCCUAGAUGAUGAAGGCAAACAAGUUUUGACCCUCACUCCCGUUGUUAGCAAUGAAUUAGAGGAAUUUGAACAGGAAAAAGAUGCUCAGUUAGAGGAAGAGCCCACUUCAAAUGCUUCCUCUAAAAAGCAGUGUGAGUCAGAAGGAUCUGAUGCUGGCACGACCAGAAGGCGAAUUCUCGAGAAGGCAGAUCCUGGACUCGUUAAAUCAGACGAACCCUCUGUUAUUAACUUCGCAGGCAGUGGUGUUAGUGACUCUGUAGUGAACUCCAAUGAUGGUGAUACGUCUGAGGUUACACAACUAACCGAAGGAGUCGAACAGUACACUCUGAGUGAACAAACAGCAGUGGUCAACAACAUUCAUGUUCAGGUUGUUACCAUUAUGGAUUCCCAAGGACAAGUCUUGGAUCAAAAGCAGGGUCAAGCUGGGGAACAAGUCAUUCUAGAGAUGCAUGGACAGGCAUUUUCCUAUGAAAUACAAGGACCUACUGCCACUGGAGAACCUAUAACAUCUACCUUGUUGAUUUCAUCGGCUGAUUCGGAUAUGCAAGAUAUUCCCAACCCUACCGAACACAGCACACAGCAGAAUCCAAGCGGCCCAUCAAACUGGUCUGAGGGUAAUAUCAGUGGAGCUGAUCGAAGUCAAGUUUCUUCUGGAUUCAGUGAAACAAAUGAAACAACUCCACCCGGUCAACAAUUUACCCUUACUGAAGCCACCACAAUACAAGAUGGUGAGGCAAUGCAGCUUGUUUUGCUCUCUGAUGAGAACGGCAAUGUACUUGACCAAAAACAGGGUCAUACGGGUGACCACGUUAUUAUUGACAUGAAUGGGAGUUCUUUAGAGUAUGUUUUCCUCGGGCCAACAGAAACUGGUGAACCAAUUAUGACUACAUUGGUCGUCACAACUGAAACAGAAACGGCAGAAAAUACUCAGUCCAGUUCUAAUCUUGCACAGGAGUCGCCAGACGAUACAGAAGCUGGAUUGACUGUUGCCAAGUGGUGUCCACCUGGAUUACCAACUGAAUUUUAUGCUAUAUUGAGAAGACAAGCAGAAGUUGUGGUUGCUACACGUGUUCCACGCUUUGCAGACAGCCCAUAUCGACCUGAACCAUACCACCGAAAGCUUGGUCCUUAUACUGCCUAUGUGGAGAUGCUUGAAAUGGUCAAUACUUACAGGGUUGGUGCUAGCCAGGGUGAGACGCUGGAACUUUAUGAGGCACUGAGGAACUAUGCAAAAAUCUAUCGUCCUUCUGGACCUCAUUCUAGAGCUCUUACAAAGUAUGAGCUUGCCUUAAAUGAAGCUGCCGCUCAGAUUUGUCGGUUUCAACCUGGUCUACUUUUUCAUAAACGUGACCUGUAUCAUCUUGCUAAAGAGACUGUUGAGCGUUCACAGACAUUGCUCAAUACGGAAAGAAGACAGCAAAACCAACAAUUUCAGCAACAACAAGCUCAACAAUCUCAAAUGAAACAAAAUAAUAAUGCUCAACGUCUAACAAAUCAGGCAAAUGUACAAAAUACAUCUAAACCGAAAGUCUCUGCACCUGCUCCCCAACCUCCUCGUACCACUCCACAGACUGUAGCGGUUGGAGGUCGCGUCGCAAGCUCCCAAUUAGCUAUGCUAGAAUCACGUGGACUUUCUGCUAUUCAACAGUCAAGUACGACAGUCUCAGUGGCUAAUACCAUUCCGGUGUACAGUGAAAGUUCAACUUCAGAUAACUCUCUAAUACCAUCAGGUCAACAGAGUUCAACAGCUAAUAAUACACUGCAGUCGAAUAAAUCACGGAUAAUGCCUCCUGAAAACAGCACUCAGUACUUAUCUAACCUUCCGAUAGUGAAACGUGAUUCAGCUUACAAAUUGCUACGGAACGAGGAAGAGGCUAUUCGUGUUGCUGCCAUUGAUAUUUUGUCAGAUUUGCCACAGCUUGAAAUCAAACAGAAAGCUGACUGUACAAAUAUUGAACGCGCAUGUUGGGAGCAAGCUCGACAGUUGGCAGCACAAAAUGUAGAACAGCUAGAUUAUGCUUCUGGUAAUUUAUCAGUUGACCACAUCAAUCAAAUUCAAUCCUUUGUGUGUAAUGAACCUCGGUUAGAUAGUGUUCGAGAGGCGGCUGCACUUUACGGACGUCCACCUGGAGGUAUACAGCCACCUAAUGUAGCAGGGUUACCACGAUCUGCGCCAAUACCUGUAUUGACGCCUUACGAAGUUGCGUGUAACGAAGCUGCUGCAUAUUUAGCUUCAGGUUUACCAAGUCUCCUCACUCAUAGACGUGAACUGGCCGAGUUAGCAAAGAAGGUAGUGAGAAAUUCUGGUUGUCUAUUUACCCAUACUCCAUCAUCAGAUAAAAUACCGAUUGGUGGUGGUGGCUAUCGAUUCUACUGCUCAGAUCAACUUCCUGAGCUUGACCUGUCAGCAGCGGAACAACUUUUGUCAAAUCCCCUUGAUGGUAGUGACUCUCCUGAUUCUGGUUGUGAUAUGAGUCCUGGAGGUACUGAGUCUGACGCGCUUAAAGGUAAAUGUGAAUCUCUUCUCCUCUCAUGCCAAGAGUGUAAUAACAUCAUAGAUGAUGUAACAAUAUUUGUUUCAACUGGAACUGAUUCGUUAAAGAAAGUUAGGAUUCUAAAUUUGAGUAAUUGUGGAUUUACAGGUUUGGUACCGCUUCAUCUGAACCAAUGUAUCAAUUUGGUAGAAUUGAAUCUUUCUGGUAAUGCACUGUAUGCUUUCCCACGCUGUUUACAUCUACCAAAACUGCGUCGUUUAAAUCUUAGCGGAAAUCCUAACUUAUUGCGAUCCUUACAACAUGUUUCUCAAGUUGAACCACCUCUUAUCGAACAGUUUCCAAGACUUGUCUCUUUGGACUUGGAUUCUGAACUGGCUGCUCUAUUGUCUCCACAAUCAUUGGCCUAUUUAUGUCCAUACUUGAAGACAAUCAACGGUAAAGACUUUAUGGACGAACCUAGUGAAGAAACUAUUAAUUCAGCUCAGUCUGCAAAGAAUAAUUUAUCUACACUAAUCUAUUCGAAAUGGGAAGAUGAUAUUGCUGGAUUUUAUAAGAAAGGUUUACCUAAACGUGAUACUAUUUGUGUUUUAGAAACACUUGUUUUGCAUGCUGUCAAUCGAAGUGUAGAAAUAGCCAAACCGUUUACUCACUGUAAAAGUAUUUUGGCUCGACGAAUUGCUGAGGACUUCUUGGCUCCAAAGAUGUUGGAUGAUGACUGUGAGGAUGAAACUUCUGAAAAAUAUACACAUGCUGAGGUUAGCGAAGAUGAAGGGGCUCUCACUGAUGAUAGUGACUUAGACACAGAGGAUGAAGAUGAUGAUGUCGGUUACGAUGGAGACAAUCAGGUUGAAAAUAUCCCUGGUGAUCAUGGAACUGGAGUAUUAGAAAAGUCAGAUUGUGGUACAACAUCAAAAGUUAACGUUGCCGUGCGCAAAAAGGCUAAGAAAGGUGUAUCGAAUGAAGCCUCUCAGGCAUCUGUUGCUGAACGUGAAGCUUUAGCUGCCGCUGCCAAUUUAACGUUAUUGCCUGAUGAACCUCCUAGUCGACUGAUUAAUGUCGUUGGUCAGGCUUUGCGCCAUGGAAAAACUGUUGUGUAUGAAGUAAUGAGGACUGCUGCAAGACAACCGGAUGGUGAGCUGAUACCUGUUGGUGGUUUGGGAACUACAGUUAGUUCUGUUACUCCAACUUCUGUUCAACUCAUUUCAAAUACUGACAUGACUUCAAAAAGUCAUGACGAAGACGAAUUUGACGGAAGUGACGCCGAAAAUAAUCCUCUCCCGGAGCCUACUUCCAAACAUUCUUCACAACCAGUUAAUCCUACUUCUAAACAGUCUCCCGUUAUAACAAAAUUACCGACUAAACAGACAUCAGGUAGUCGACGACCAGGUUUACUUAAUCGUCCUGUAAUCACUUCUUCCAAAGAUACUCCUAACACUAAAGUCGAUCGUCCUGCAGUUAUCUGCACUAAACCUCGGGAAAGUAGUUCGAACGGUAUUCCUACAAUAACUCAACGUCCAUUGCGAGCCUCCGAUUACAUUAUCAAACCGUCUACAAGUUCUUCCGGAACUGCCUAUAUAGUUGCUAAUGUGUCUUCUCAAUCAAAACCGGCUAAUCCAGCAACACCAACUCGACGUGGUCGUCCUCCAGUUGCUCAUAGCGUGGCCAAAAAAGCUGCUGCAGCAGAAGCAGAAGCUGCUGAGACCACUAAACUGAUAAAGAGUGUGACUAUUCCACCACCUCAUUCUCCUCCUCCGCCAACGAUGCGUAUGUCUACUCGUGAUUCUAACAGACAUAAGCGGUUUAGUGCAUACGGUGUCAUCGAUACUGCUGCAGCUUUGGCUGGUAAAGAGGAAGCUCUCCUAGCUGUUGCCUUAGCUCAAGAAGAUGAAGAAGACAUUGAAAAACCAGAAGCGCUUCUAAAAGAUUCAUCUGUCGUUCUCUCUGAAGGUGACACUGCAGCUGCAGAGGCUGCUGCUGCACUGGCAAUGGAAGCUGAAAUGAAAGAAAAUGAAAAUAUUUCAAAACCAGAUGUUGUUAAAUCGAAACCUGUUGUUACUUCUGAUACACCUGUAGAUACACCAGUCAUAGAACCGACUGUCACUUCUAAAGACAAUGAUGAAGCUACGAAGAAAAGACGACGGCGUCCACCUGGAUCUCAGACUCCUCGUAUUCAAUCUGAAACCUCAAUAACUGAUAUUAAACCAGCAGAACCAGUUCCUAAUCAACCAAAUACCCGUAAACGGUCUGCAGUUUCUCCAAAACCUCAAGAUCCUGAGAAGAAAGCUUUAAUAACUCCCCCACCGGAGACUAAAAAAUCUCUUCCUAUUACUACAUCAGUUCGUGAUAAUAGACGAAGCCUCAGUCAACUUGGAGAAAUUGUUGACUAUGAUCCUUUGCAUUUUAUUCGAUGUCACGCACAAGACAAUGAUCCGUUAGACUGUGAAACUAAAGUUUGGCGAUGUGCGUUUGAACCAAGUAUCAAUGAUCCACACAAUGAAACAUCCACGAUUGUGGCUACAUGUGGAGGGGAAUGUGUUUGCUUGAUUGAUUGCAAGACAGGUCGUGUGAUGAAACGAUUCAAACAUUUUGGCGAAGAAUUUUACACAUUAGCUUGGACAACCGUUGAAAUGGCUGCUGGUCAUAGGACAAAUUUGUUAGCUGCUGCUGGUAAACUACGCGAGAUUCGAUUAUUGCAUCCAGAACAAUUAGUAUGUUAUGCUGAGAUGCGAGGUCACAAAGAUGAUGUUGCCUGCAUGAUAUUUCAUCCAGAUAAGCCGACCAUUUUAUUCUCUGGUGAUUCCAAGGCUUGUAUUUUAGUCUGGGAUAUUGGCAUCCCCUCUGCACCCGAGUAUAAAACUCGUCAUCAGUUGUUAAUGCGUUUAAUUUGUCCAAGAGCAAAUUUGAAUCCUGUUUUAAAUCUUGUUUUUCUGACGAAAUAUGAUGCCUUAAUAGCAGGAUGUGAAGAUGGAAUAUUCUCUUGGACACUAAAAGAUUUUCGAAAAGAGAAACUCAGUGAAGAGAAGGAGGCAGAAUUGGAAUUAAAGAUUCCCACACGUCGUGAACCUUGCUUUGAUGGAUUAGCUCAAUUAUCUGAUGAUCUGAUUGUGACAAAAUGUGUUGAGGAGGGUGAAAUUUAUAUUUUUAACUAUGGUCAGGUUAUCAAUCGUCGUAGACGUAGUACUACUGUUGGGUCUAAUAAGAAGGUGGUCAAUGUUGAAAUUCGUGGCCAACUACGUUGGCAAACUACAGAGGAAAUCUAUAUAAAUGUUACUGCUAGACCUAUUCUACAUACAGUAAUCUGUGGAGAUAAUGAGGGCACAAUUUGGUUAUAUGAUCUACAAAAGCAAGUAGUUGAUGAGUCUGAAAAUCGAAAAUUUAAAGCAAAGCCUGUAAAAAUCCUUGAAUGGCCAGAAUGCAGUAUAGCUGGAUCAAAAGAAGAAGAUAAUCAAACCAAGGAGAAUAUUACAUCUGGUUUUAAAAAUCCUGUUGUAAAUACAACAGAUAUCAGUCAUGAUGGACAGUAUUUAGUUGCAGUUACAGACAAUAAUUUAGUAUGCAUUUGGAAGUUUUCCGGUUGAUAUAUACAUAUAUGUUUCAUAGACUUUGUUUUCAUUCCAUUUUUUUUUCUGUUUCUUUUGUAAAUUUAAUUCUUUUCCACUUCUGUUGUUUUAUUCAUGUAUACUUUAAGUCGUUGUUAAUUAGUCAUCGUAUAUAUUUAUAUAUGUAUAUCCUUAAAUACAAUUACAUCGUAAAUUGCCGACGAUUUUAUCUUCUUCCAUGAAUCAAAUUUGGAUUGUGU